AUGCCCACCUCCGAGUCCGCCGCCUUCCUCGCCAAAAAGCCCACCGUGCCCCCGACCUACGAGGGCGUCGACUUCGAAGACAACGUCGCCGUCCAUAAUGCCCGUGACGCCAUUAUCCGCGAGCAAUGGGUGCGCAGCAUGAUGUCGCGGCUGGUCGGAGAGGAGUUGGGCAAGUGCUAUGCGCGGGAGGGGGUGAAUCACCUUGAAAACUGCGGUGUUUUGAGAGAAAAAUACUUCGAGCUCAUCAAGGAGCGCAAGGUCAAGGGUUACCUCUUCCAGGAGAAGAACUUUUUCAGCGGCGAGGCGAACAAGUCGGCAUGA